CUCUGACCGUGGAGGCUUUGUGCUUCAUUGCCCCCCCCCCCCCCUCCCCCACCCCAAUUCAUUUCUUUUUCUGUAUGAUACAUUUGCUAUUUUAAGUUAUUCAUUUGUUGUUUCUGUUGAUAUCUAUUUUGCAGGGAUUUCGAGGUGUCACUGGUUAGGGUUUUCUCUGCUUCCUGUGAGGUGUGCUAGGGGAGGCUUUAGUUUUCGCAAGGGUUUAUGUCCCAAGGUCUUGAAGAUAUCAACAGUGACAAGAGCCCAGCUUCGAGUUCCUUUUGUUCCAUCGGACAUCGUGGUGUUCUGUGUAGUCCCCACUAACACUCCUGGUGGUGAUGCUAGUGGAUCUGGUGGUGAUGCUGGUGCUGCUGCGGCUUCCUGCUCUGUUUGAAGUGUCACAGUGUCCUUUUCCAAUCUUUGAAGAUAAGUUGGAAUUCAAGGUAGAAAAUAUUUUGUGGAACGCCACUUCCUAUAGGAAGGGUGAUAGGCUUCCCAAAAUUCAUUCAUCUAUAGAAAAACGUAAUGGCCUUGGGUUCGAGUCCUCCACCGUUCCGACUUUGAUGAAGUACCUGAAGUUGUUUAUGUUGUCCUUGAUGAGGAAUGCUUCAGGAGGAUGGUCGUCACAUAAGAUGCAGUAGCAAAAUCAAAACAUAGAAGACAGAAGAGGGCAAGAGAAUUUUCAAGAUAUCAAAAUCAAAAUCAAAACACCGAAUUGCCAGGUCGUCACAUAUUGCCAGGCCCUUUUUUUUGGGCUGGACAGAAGGCAGAAGAGGGCAAGAGAAUUUUUUUUCAGCCAGUUUGGUUGUUGGGCUGAUCGACUGACCCUAACUUUGGGUCAGUCAGUUUUCUUCUGUCCUCUUUUCUUUUCCUUUGUUGUAGUAAUCGACUGACCACAUUCUACAAUCAGUCGAUUAACCUGUAGCCGCUCCAUAUAAAUACUCACUGCCAAGGAACUAGUAGCUCGGUCCAAAUCCAAAUUUCCGCGGUCGUUGUAGUAAUUGGCAAGCUAAUUAGGCAUCACGUUUGACUA